UAUGAAAAUGGCGUUCAUUUGAGUGUACAUUGAAUGACACUUUCGUAGACAUCUCAAGAAGUGUCCAAAUAUUGCACAAACAGAUUGUCCGUAAAGAGUGUCCAAUUGGUCGUCAAAUAUGCGGACAUUCGGUGAAAGACCGACGGCUUUCCAGUUGGAAGAGAAUGGAGACUAUUAUUACAUCGGAUCCGAGGUCGGCAACUAUAUGCGGAUGUUUAGGGGUUCCCUCUACAAGAGGUAUCCAUCCCUUUGGCGAAGAAUGGUCAGCGUUGAGGAGAGGAAACGGAUCAACACUAUAGGGUUGGGUCCGCACUCUUUGGCCACUAAUAUCACACUUCUUAAGGCCUCAGAAGUGGAUGAGAUAUUCGAUGGAAGGGAUGAGAAAUACAAAGCCGUUUCCAUCAGUUCGGAGCCAUUGGUGCAAAGGUUUGAGACAUUGUCUGCGGACAUGAAAGAGACCAAAUCCAAGAGAUCCAAUUGGAUCCCAACGCUGCCCAACAGUUCCCACCACUUGGACGCCGUUCCCUGCUCUACACCCAUCAGCCGAAGUCGUAUCUGUCAUAAGAAGGUCCGCACGUUUCCACUGCUUUACGACGAUUUAGAUCCGGCGCUCAUUCACGAGAACGCCUCACAAACUGAAGUCUUGGUUCCCGUGAGACUCGAUAUGGAGAUCGAGGGACACAAACUCAGGGAUACAUUCACGUGGAAUAAGAAU